AUGAUCCUUGUCAAGCUGGUUGUUGGGGACUUAGUCCUCAAUGUUAUCAGCGCGUAUGCCCCACAAGUAGGCCACAAUGAGAGCACCAAGAGGGAGUUCUGGGAAGGCCUGGAGGAAUUGGUUAGGAGGGUACCUAUUGGUGAGAAGCUCUUCAUAGGAGGAGAUCUCAAUGGCCAUGUGGGUACAUCUAACACAGGUUUUGAAAGGGUGCAUGGGGGCUUUGGCUAUGACAUCAGGAACCAAGAAGGAGAAGACGUCCUGAGCUUCGCUCUAGCCUAUGACAUGCGGGGUAAGCGCGCCAAAGUUGCUAGAACAAAGUGGUGGAAGCUCAAGGGUGAGGCAUCCCAGGCUUUCAGGGAGAGGGUUAUUAAGGAGGGCCCUUGGGAGGAAGGAGGCGAUGCAAACAUGAUGUGGACGAGUAUAGCGACAUGCUUGCGGAAGGUCGCUGUAGAGGAGUUUGGGGUGACUAAGGGAAGUAGAAGGGAAGCUAAGGAUACCUGGUGGUGGAACGAUGAGGUCCAGAAGGUUAUUAGGGAGAAAAAGGACUGUUUCAGAUGCCUAUAUCUGGACAGGAGUGCAGCUAACAUGGAGAAGUACAAGGUGGCGAAGAAGGCUGCAAAGCGGGCGGUGAGUGAAGCAAGGGGUCGGGCGUAUGAGGACAUCUACCAACGUCUAAACACGAAGGAAGGCGAAAGGGACAUCUAUAAGAUGGCCAAGUUUAGGGAGAGGAAAAUGAGGGAUGUCAACGAAGUCAAAUGCAUCAAGGACUUAGAGGAUCAGCUUCUUGUGAAGGAAGAGGCGAUCAAGCGUAGAUGGCAGGAGUACUUUGACAACCUUUACAAUGGAGAGGUUGAGAGCUCUACCAUUGAGCUAGACGACUCCUUUGAUGAUACCAGCAUGUGCUUUGUGCAACGUAUCCAGGAGUCUGAGGUUAAGGAGGCGUUAAGGAGGAUGAAAGGAGGCAAGGCGAUGGGUCCUGAUGGACCUGACCCUUAA